AUGGCCUUCACUUUCGCUGCUUUCUGCUAUAUGCUUUCGCUGGUGCUGUGCGCUGCGCUCAUCUUCUUCGCCAUUUGGCACAUCAUUGCCUUUGAUGAGUUAAGGACGGAUUUUAAGAGCCCUAUAGACCAGUGCAACCCUGUUCAUGCGAGGGAACGGCUGAGGAACAUUGAACGCAUCUGCUUCCUUCUGCGAAAGCUGGUGCUGCCAGAAUACUCCAUCCAUAGCCUCUUCUGCAUCAUGUUCCUGUGUGCACAGGAGUGGCUCACUCUGGGGCUGAAUGUACCUCUACUUUUCUAUCACUUCUGGAGGUAUUUCCAUUGUCCAGCAGAUAGUUCGGAGCUAGCCUACGACCCGCCGGUGGUCAUGAACGCAGACACCUUGAGUUACUGUCAGAAGGAGGCCUGGUGCAAACUGGCCUUCUAUCUCCUCUCCUUCUUCUACUAUCUUUACUGGUGA